AUGGCUGCCAGUCAAGUCGUCGGCGGCGGAGGCGGCCUCGCCAGCAAGUACCGCAGGUGGUGGAAGGAGAACUCGGUCUACCAAGUGUAUCCGGCGUCGUUCAAGGACUCGACCGGCACGGGCGUCGGUGACCUGAAGGGCAUCAUCUCAAAGGUCGACUACUUCAAGUCUCUCGGCGUCGACAUCGUCUGGCUCUGCCCCAUCUUCGAGAGCCCCCAGAUCGAUAUGGGAUACGACAUCAGCAACUACCGCGAGAUCCACGCCCCCUACGGCACCGUCGCCGACGUCGACGAGCUCAAGGACGCCCUCCACGCGCGCGGCAUGAAGCUCGUCCUCGACCUCGUCGUCAACCACACCUCGGACCAGCACGAGUGGUUCAAGCAGUCGCGCUCCUCCAAGACGAACCCCUACCGCGACUGGUACAUCUGGCGCCCCGCGCGCUACGACGCCGACGGCAACCGCCAGCCCCCCAACAACUGGAAGUCGCACUUCCAGGGCAGCGCCUGGGAGUGGGACGAGACCACCCAGGAGUACUACCUGCGCCUCUUCGCCCGCGAGCAGCCCGACCUCAACUGGGAGAACCCCAAGGUCCGCGACGAGGUCCACGCCAUCAUGCGCUUCUGGCUCGACAAGGGCGCCGACGGGUUCCGACUCGAUGUGAUCAACUUCGUGAGCAAGCCGCAGGACUUCCCCGACUCGAAGCAGGAGGUCCUCAGCGGAUCGGAGCUGUACUCUGCCGGGCCGCGGCUGCAUGAGUACCUGAAGGAGUUGGGCAAGAUUCUGAAGGAGUACGAUGCGUUCAGCGUCGGCGAGAUGCCCUGCGUGCGGGAUCUGAACGAAGUGAUCAAGAGCGUCAAUGCGGAACGGGAGGAGCUGAGCAUGAUUUUCCACUUUGAGUUCAUGGACAUCGACCACGGUCCUCAGGGCAAGUUUUCGCCCAAGGAGUGGAAGCUCGCGGAACUCAAGGCCGGCGUGAACAAGUGGCAGCGCUUCAUGUACGACAAUGACGGAUGGAACGCGCUGUACCUCGAGAACCACGACCAGCCGCGCUCCGUGAGCCGCUUCGCCAGCGACGCGCCCGAGCACCGCGCCAACAGCGCAAAGAUGAUCUCCGUCUUCCAGGGCCUGCAGGCCGGCACGCCCUUCGUGUACCAAGGCCAGGAGAUCGGCAUGGUCAACGUGCCCAAGGAGUGGCCGAUGGAGGAGUACAAAGAUAUCGACUGCCUGAACCACUGGAACUUGCACAAGGACGUCGACGACGAGGAGACUCUCAAGGCGUUCAAGGUCGAGUACCAGAAGAAGUCCCGCGACAACGCGAGGACGCCCAUGCAAUGGGACGCCAGCCCGAACGCCGGCUUCACGACGGCCGAUGCCACGCCCUGGAUGAAGGUCCACCCCAACCACAAGGAGAUCAACGCCUCGUCCCAGACGUCGGAUCCCAACUCGGUGUACCGCACCUGGCGCAAGGUGCUCGAUACGCGCAAGGAGUACAAGGACAUCUUCGUCUACGGCGACUUCCAACUGGUCGACGAGGCCCACGAGCAGAUCUUCGCCUACGCUCGGAAGGCCGACGACGGCCAGACCGCCCUGGUUGUCUGUAAUUUCUCGCCCAAGCCUGUGGAGUGGGCUGGGUUGACAGGAACUGUGAAGGAUGUGCUGGUCACUUACGCCGGGAAGACGAAGAGCGACUUCAGCCAAGGAAAGGUCACCCUCGGCCCGUAUGAGGGAGUUGCCGUCUUGCUGGAGGCAUAG